AUGACGGACAAAAUAUGUCACAAACUGAUCAAUGAAAACAUUAAAACGUUGUGUCAUGAACCCUUGGGGAGUAACGACAGCUAUGGGAAAAGGCCGCAUGGAAGCUUUAACAACGGCGUUGGCGUAAACUGCUCCGCGAAGUGCGAUGAAUUGUGUAACAAUAUAAAUGACCGACUGCAAAAAAUUAAAGAUAUUGUACACCUUAGGUCGGCAAAGCCAAAUGCAGUCCUGAUAGAAACCCUAACCUAUAUCAAAGAGUACAUAAAAGAAAUACAAAAGUACAUAGAUCUUUUUAACAACGUCAUAUAUGAGGAGAACAAGGCGUAUGCUUAUGUGGAGGAUAUAAUGACCUCUUUGGAUAAGCAAAAUCAGAACAUUCAGAAGAUUUUUCAUAUAUGUAGCAAAAAUAUUGUCAUUACGAAGAAUAACAGUGAACUCGUUUUGCAAAAACCGCAAAGCUACUCUUCUCUCUCGGCCAA